AUGCUCUGCCAUCCCUGCAGCAACACCGCAUCCCUCAACUGGAGCCUACUGGACAAGAAGGGCGUCUACAGGCUGCCAUUCUUGCAGGCGGGGGUGAAGACGACGACGGGUCUCUCACUGAACGACACGCUAUUGGUGGGAGCCACCAUGCAGCGCUCACUCUUCGUCAUCCUCGUUGGGUUCAGGAUGCACAAUAUUAUAUUAACCACAGACAGCGAGAAGAUGUAUCGACAGUUCCUCGUGCCGGAGCACGGCAGACAGUACCAGCGAAUCUUCUGGAGGUACGGUGAGGGAAAGCUCAUCGUUCAUGAGCUGACGACGCCACAAAUAAUUAAGAUACUAGCUACGUUAGGAUUGGAAUACGACGGAAAGUGCGGAAUAAAUGAAUUGCGUAGAAUUUUACGUACCCAUGUUAGCGACGUAAACAAGGAAACCGGCAAUAAGGAAUCGCGAGGCGAAGUAAUCGAUAACAGCGGAGAAUCGGAAGUGAUUCACACAAUGGCAGAGGGCAACGGCAAUAAUAAUGCGAAGCUAGAAUUCCAGUUAGGUAAAGAUGAUUGGGAAACAUACGCGGAGAGAUUAGAAUUGUAUUUUGUAGCGAAUGAUGUGAAAACAGAAAAACGGGCCGCAGUUUUAUUGACAAAAAUAAGUGCUGAUACAUAUAAACUCGUACGGGAUUUAUGCGCGCCAGAUAAGCCAAGUACAAAGACCUUCGAAGAGUUAGUCAAACUGAUUGGUAGUCAUCUAAAUCCGAAGCCAUCUGAAACGAUGGAAAGAUACACAUUUUAUCAAGCGCAACAAGCAAUGACAGAAUCGGUGGCAGAUUUUGCGGCAAGGUUGAAGAGGUUGUCAAUAAAUUGCAAAUUUGUAGAGACAAAAGUAGCACUACGGGACCAGUUUGUAUGUGGUCUAAAAGAUCAUGAGACAAAAAAGGCUUUAUUCAGAGAGGAAAAAUUAACAUACGACUUGGCAUACAAGAUAGCCACGGCAUUAGAAACGGCAGAGAGAAACGCAGUAACAACGGAUAAAACAACUGAGGAGCCAUCGAAAUCGACAGUAAACAUGAUCCAGUCGAAUACAAAGACAGAGAGACGACCAUUCUAUCCAAGUGCGAGAGGAAGAGGUGCCAUACGUGGAAGUAGACAAGGACAGCGAUACAAGAGUACAGCACCAGUUAACAAAAGAAAGCAAGGUCCAAACGACGAGCCAAACAAGGGGAAACUGAACGCUCAGCAUUUAAGACAAGGUUCGUGUUAUUGUUGCGGUAAGACCAAUCACUGGGCACGAGAUUGCUUCCACCGCCAUAGAACGUGCAAUACUUGCAAGAGGAGAGGGCAUCUAGCAACAGUUUGCAGAUCGCGGCUACAGCACCUAAAGCAAGAGGACGAGGCGGAAGGGCACCAACGAAGGGAGAGCACGUCCGAUGACUUCUUCAUGGUCCGAGGAGACAACAAGAGGAAGGAAUGGGAAUCAAUUGUCGGUAAUAUAGGUAGUAUAAGCAAUGAAUUAAAAGCAGAUCCUAUGUAUGUAAAUGUAAUAAUUAAUGAUAUCAAGGUAAAAAUGGAAGUUGACACAGGAUCGUACGCGGCGAUCAUUUCAAAGUACGAUAAAGACAGAAUGUUUCCAUCGCUAGGAGUGAAGGCCACGUAUAGGCCAUUGAAAGCAUAUGGUAAGGUUCCGCUUGAGCAGGUGGGAGAGUUACAGAAUUUAAACGUAAAGGUUGGAGAUAAGGAAGCUUUAUUAAGAAUGAUAGUAAUGAAAGAAAGGGGGCCAAUUCUGAUUGGUAGAGAGUGGCUUAAAGUGUUCGGAAUGUGGCCAUUCAAGUUUAAUUGUAACGAAAGAGGGAUUGGCUGUAAUAAAAUAGAAUUAAUUGAUAUGACAAAAGAUUUUGGACUCAAAUUUCCAAAGUUGUUCGGAAAAGGACCGGGAUUAUACAAUAAAGGGAUGCUUAAGCUAACGCUAAAAGAAAAUGCCCAACCAGUAGCGCUCAAGGCGAGACAUUUACCAUUUGCGCUAACGAAUAAGGUCGAAGAUGAAAUUAAUAGAUUAGUAAAGCUGCAACAUCUCGAGAAAGUAGACGUUAGUGAGUGGGCUACACCAAUAGUACCGGUAAUUAAAUCAGACGGGUCCGUGAGAAUUUGUGGUAAUUUUAAAUUGACGUUAAAUCCGCAACUAGUAAAAGACAGGCAUCCUAUUCCACUGAUUGAUGAGAUUUUUUUGGCAUUGAGGAAUGGGAAAAAAUUUUCGCAAAUCGAUUUAGAGCAUGCGUAUAUGCAGAUUCCGGUAGAGGAAAGUAGUAGAGAUUAUUUAACGAUAAUAACGCACAAGGGUUUAUAUCGGUAUACAAAAAUGACAGAAGGAGUGGCGUCGGGCCCGGGGGAUUUUCAAAGGAAAAUUGAGCAAUGUUUGGCAGGAAUUGACGGAGUAAUUCCUUACCUAGACAACAUAUUUUGCACCGGAAGAGACGAUAAAGAGCACCUACAAACACUUUACAAGGUGUUUACGCGACUCGAAGACAGCGGAUUUAAAGUAAAUCUAAAUAAAUGUGAAGCGUUUAAAGAAAGAUUAGAUAUUCUGGGAUUUGUCAUUGAUAAAGACGGGUUACAUAAGUCGGAAACGAAAGUAAAAGCAAUGAUCGAGGCACCGACACCCGUGAAUAAAAAACAAUUAGAUUCAUUUCUGGGGUUAAUUACCUAUUAUGCGAGAUUUUUGCCAAACAGAGCGGAAAAGUUAAAACCACUGUAUGAAUGUGCGAAGAAUGGCGAGUAUAAAUGGACGAAAGAAUGCGAACAAGCGUUUAAAUGGGUCAAAUCGGAAAUAGUAUCACCGCGAGUAUUAGCGCAUUUUGAUCCGAAAGAAGAUAUUAUUUUGUCAUGCGAUGCGUCAGCAUACGGGUUAGGAGCGAUACUUUCCCAUAGAUAUAGAGACGGUACCGAAAGACCGAUAGCAUUUGCAUCAAAGAUUAUUCCCGAGAAGGAGAGGAGUCGCGCUAUCAUUGAUAAGGAGGCAAGUGCAAUAGUGUAUGGAUUUAAAAAAUUUUAUAAUUACAUUUACGGUAAAGAAAUAACAUUAAGGACGGAUCAUAAACCGCUGGUUUUUAUAUUUGGUCCAAAGCAAGAGAUCCCAUUAACGACGGCAAGUCGAUUGCAAAGAUGGGCAUAUUUUUUAUCAAGGUUUUCUUACAAAAUGGAAUAUGUUAAAUCAGAGAAAAACGUAUUUGGCAACGAAUUUACAACAAUAAAUUAUGUAGAGGAAGCAUUAGAUACAGUAAACGCAGCAGAAAUUGUAAAAGAAACGAAGCGUGAUCAGGUACUCAGUAAAAUAGUACGGUAUGUAAACGGGUCAUGGCCCAGCAUGAACGAUAUGAAUGAAAUAGAAAAGAAGUACUACACGAAGCGAGACGAAUAUAGUGUUGAAAAAGGAUGUUUAUUGUGGGGAUAUAGAAUUGUGGUACCAGUGUCAGUGCGGGAAAAAGUGUUACGUGAACUUCAUGCAUCACACUUUGGCAUAGUGAAAAUGAAGAUGGUGGCGAGAUCGUAUGUGUGGUGGCCGAACAUAGACAGUGAUAUCGAAAAGAUCGCGGCUUCAUUUAUAGAUGCUUAUUCUAAAUGGCCGGAAAUGAUUGAUAUGGGUAAAAGUACCACGGCACCGCGAGUAAUAGAGGUAUUCAAGAAAAUUUUAGUUCGCUUCGGCUUACCAAGACAUUUAGUUACAGACAACGGCACCCAAUAUAAAAGUGAAGAAUUUCAAAAGUUCUGUCGAGACAACGGUAUUAAACAGAGUUUCACACCUCCACAUCAUCCGGCGACGAACGGUGCAGCGGAAAAUUUCGUUGAGACAUUUAAAGACAAGGUCGAUAAGAUUGUUCGAAGUGGUAGAACGCCCGCGUUCAUGAUGUACAAACGGGAGUUAAGAACGCGAUUUGACUUACUAAGACCUAGCGUAAGAGAUGAUGUAGCUGAUAAACAACUUGCGCAAGUAACACGUAAGAAAGGCAGCCGUAAGGCUAUUAUAUAUGAAAAUUACCCUACUAUAACAUUAUGUCUAAAAGAAGCAGGAAGGAUGUUACAUUUUGUGACAUCAGCAGCAGUGAUGAUGAGUUUUAUGUUGAGUCAAGUGACAGUGACUAAAUUAUGGAAAAUUCUUCUUCUGAUAGCGGAAGUGAAGUACAACGUGUUGUACGAAAACAAUUCCGCCGUUUCAACAUUUCAAGCGAUAGCGAAGAUGAAGAUGAACGGCAAAGAGACGAAGCAAAUGACGAUUUCACCUGAUGCUAACACCGGAUAUGUACAAGCUAUUCUACCCUAUUAUGGUAGUUUGGCCACGGAAAAUCUUGUGCGACCUGAUCUACCCGUUAGUUCUAGAAUUGUUCUGGAUCUUUACCAGAAGGUGGUGAUGUGGAUGGUGACUCAGAUGUUAUUGCUGCGUGGUGAAGAUAUGGAUGGUGAUUCAAAUGUUUUUGGCGAGGAGUGCUGA